UUUCUUGAAAUUUUAUUUUUCUACAGUUAUCGUUCAAUUACGCUUUCUAGUCGUUCAAUAACAAUUUAAAUUUCAUAAAAUUUUAGAAUUGAAAUAUAAAUUUCAAUUUGUGUUUUUAUAUCUGUUAUAUAUUGAUACAUUUUCAAAAAAAUAUUGUCGUAAUAUAUACUAGAUUGUAUAUAUUAUGCGUAGUACGUUAAUACUUCAGAUAUAAAGUGUUUGUUACAAAACAGCUAAUAUCUAUAGAUAUAAAUACAUUGAAAAAAAGAGUAUACGAAUACUCUCGAACAACAUACCGCCAAAGUUUCAUUCGAGCACUUCUUCACAAUAUGAACUUUUCAUAAGUCACAUUAGAAAAAAUAGUUAACAACAAUAAAACUUCACACUUUGAAACUUCUGUUUGAUCAAAUACUAUUGUGAUCUUUAAAGCAUAUGGAAUUUUAAUUACGCUAUGUAAGAAUGGUAAUUUAACACAAUUAAUGGGAUAUGUAUAACUUUUUAUAAAUUAGGAUAAUAGCGCGAGACAUUUUAUGCGAAUGCCAUACUACGUAAAAAAAAAACAUAGCAACCAAAUAGCAUGAUACGUACAAAAUCGCGUACACUAUUUUUAACAAGAUGUUUUCAUAAUAAUUUCAUUCCUUUGGUUUCCGGUUAAUAUACUUUCAUCAUGUAAAUUCAGCUAUUGUGAUAAAUUACACAAGAAAGUUUAAAUGAGAUAUCUUCAGAAAAAGUUGCAUCGCGUCCCGAUGAAAUUGAAGAAUUGUAAGGUGCCUAAUGUGUUGUAAGUAGAUACAGCCCUGAAAAUUGUAGCGGCGAAGCCGCCAAGAGGCGCGCGCAAUCCACGAAAUAUCCAAGCGUUUCCCCGCGGCCGACAUCUUCGCGCGGCCAACAGCUGUUCCGAAAGGCGAGCGAACUCCCCAUCAUAAUCUGGGUCAUGGAAACUGCGCAAAAUGGGUUGCACUUGCACCAAAAUCGCGCAUUUCUUCGAAAACCGGUGUAUCGUUUCGAGAAUUUCGUCUAAUCCAAUAGACUGAACUAGCACGCGAUACGUUGUUAUCCACACUAUAAAAUGCCAUUCGAAAUAUGCAAGCUCCUACGACCAGCCGUUGCAUAUCUGUCAACGUGCUUGACUGGUUCUCGACGAGAGAGCCGUGCGUCGAUUGGCCAACGAUUUUCGGACAUCGACCUACGCGCGAGCCUCGAAACGUGCUAAUCACAGGAAGUGUACAAACGAUAUUUCAUCAAAUAUACACUACAUGCACGUGAAAAAUCACGUUCUAUCCUUUAUUCAGAUUCAAUCCCGCAAAAUAUUUUUCUAUCAAACCAUUCGAUAUCGUUUAACACGUCAGGAGCUAAACACAGUCGCUCAUUCGUUGCGCACGUAAAACGUAAUCAGAAACUAUUGAACACGUAUAUGUAAACCACGUGAUAGAUUCAGUACUUCUUUAACCUUUAUUAUUUGUAAAUUUAUUCCUUAAUAAUCGAGAUAAAUUAAGAUGAUGUAAAAUAAAAUUGAGAGAAAUAAAAAAUUAAAUAAAUUAAAAUAUUUGAAUUAUUUAAAUAUUUAUACUAUAGUAAAAUAAAAUUUAAAAUGUUUAAAAAAAUAAUUGUGGGUAUAUCUGGUGGAGUUGAUAGUGCUGUGACAGCUUUUCUCUUAAAAAAUAAAGGAUAUGAUGUCACGGGAGUAUUUAUAAAAAGUUGGGACAUUAAAGAUGAAACUGGAAAAUGUGAAAUUGAAGAGGCUAAUGAAGAUGCAAAAUGGAUAUGCAAGAAAUUAGAAAUCCCUUUUAUUGAAGUCAAUUUUGUAAAAGAAUAUUGGAAUAAUAUUUUUUGCUAUUUAACAGAGCAAUAUGAAAAUGGAUAUACACCAAAUCCUGAUAUUUUAUGUAAUAAGUUUAUUAAAUUUGACCAAUUUUUCAAUUUUGCUCGUACGAAACUUCAAGCAGAUGCUAUUGCAACUGGACAUUAUGUUAGGACUAGUUUUGGUCCUUAUCUUGAAUAUUUUAAAUUAAAUACUAAUGUCAAAUUACUUCAAGCACGAGAUGUAAGAAAAGACCAAACAUUUUUCUUAUGUCAAGUACCUCAACAAGCAUUAAGAUAUUUCAUGUUUCCUCUUGGAAAAUAUUUAAAAAGUGAUGUUAAAAAGAUUGCUCUAGAAAUUGGUUUGGAUAAAAUCGUACAGAAAAAGGAAAGCACAGGAAUAUGUUUUGUAGGAAAACGAAAUUUUCAAAAUUUUAUAUCUGAAUACAUAUCUGACAAACCUGGAGAUUUUAUAGACUUGGAUAGUGGUCAGAUAGUGGGAAAACAUAAAGGCUUUCAUCAUUGGACUACAGGUCAAAAUGUGAAACUUGGAGGCUCCCCAAUUGCAUACUAUAUAUAUAAGAAAGAUAUUCAAUCAAAUAAUAUUAUUGUAGUGGGAGGUACAAAUCAUCCAGCACUAUAUUCAGAUUUUAUAAUAACAGAAACUCCUUACUGGAUAUCAUCAGAACCCAGUGAACUUAAUAGUUAUUAUAGAAUGUUACAUUGCAAUUUUUGCUUUCAACAUAGAGAUGCAUUAAUAUCUUGCAUAGUUCACAAAAAUUUAAAGAAUCAAUUAAUGAUUCAUAUUAAUCGACCUUUAAGAUCACUUACAGAAGGACAGUUUAUAGUUUUAUAUAAAGGAGAAGAAUGUUUAGGUAGCGCCGUAAUUUCAUUCUGUGGUCCAUCGUAUUUCUUUCUAGAGCAAGAAAUAAUGGAUUAUAAUAAAUUAAAUGAGAAGAAAAUCACGAAUGUGAGUGUAUAAUAUUUGUUCGUAUUUUCUAAUGAUACAAUGUAUAUUGUAAUUUAUUGAAAAAAAUAAACUAUGUUUUAAUAUUUUAA